AUGAUCACUUCGAUUGACACCAUGGAUGGCACCUAUCCUGCCAAGCCAAGGAUAUUGGUACCCUAUAAAGACCAGUGGGAAGUUGCCAGCCACCUUUUGGAAUAUCGAAAACUGUCAGAAAAAGUUGAGUUUUACAGGUACGAGAUGUCUACAAGGAAGGAGUUCAUUGAUUUUCUGAAAACUCACAGAAUAAACGGCUUUUGGGUGACUGAGGAAUUUUUCAGCGUGCUGGGAAAUCCUUCCAAUUACAUUGACUUCUUCCCAUCUUCCUUGAAAGCCAUCUUGGUGCCAUGGGUGGGAUGUGACUUUAUUAAUAGCAAAUUAUUGAGGUCAAAAAAUAUCACUUUAUGCAACAUCGGACCACACGCUGCUGACCAUGUCACGGAAUUGGCCAUUUUCCUGGCCAUUGCUUGUUUCAGAAUGACUUCUUUUUGGGAAUAUUGCUUCAAAUAUGUAGAAAAUGGUAACGUUGAACAAUGUAAGAAAUAUAUUUCCAGUGAUUCGUACGAAAUCAUUAUGGACAGAUAUCACAGUCAGGAAAUGAAAUUCCCUCUAAGAACAGACCAUGCUGGAUCUAAAAAUGACGGGAAAGUGGUAGAUCUGGCCAAAAAAUACACCGUUGGUGGGAAACCCAUUGACUCGCCAAUGAACAAGAGAGUUUUGAUUCUGGGUUUUGGCUCCAUUGGCCAAACUAUUGGGGCUCAUUUGCAUAAAGUAUUCAACAUGAGCAUUGAGUAUUAUAAGAGGUCAGGUCCCAUUCAGAAAGAUUUGCUGGGUUACAACGCCAAGUACCACUCCGAUCUCGAUGAUCCAAAUACUUGGAAAAGUGCCGAUUUGAUCAUUUUGGCCUUACCAGGAAUGCCGUCUACAAACGAUAUAAUUAACCGUGAAAGUUUGGCCAGGUGUAAAGACGGUGUCAGGAUAGUUAACGUCGGAAGAGGCACAUGCAUUGAUGAGGACGCUCUCCUAGACGCUCUUAAUUCAGGAAAAGUGGCAAGUUGUGGUCUUGACGUGUUCAAAAACGAGGAAACCGGCGUCAAACAAGAGUUACUCCGUAGAUGGGAUGUCACGGUACUUCCACAUAUCGGUAGCACAGUGGCCGACAUGAUCACAAAGCAAACACUCAUUACGUUGGAGAACGUGCAUGACAUAUUCGUCAACGGAGGGGACGGUAAAUACGCCCUCAAUUAA